GAUCCCCCGAGCUUCGCUCACACCGGUCACCUCCGCCUCCUCCCGCUUCGCGCGCAUCUCCUUCUAUCGCUCCAGCCUCCAGCACACGUCCUCCAUGCCCUCGCGGUUCUGAUCCGGCCAUAGCCAUGCAGCACCGCUCGCCGGAGGCGGCUUCGGCAUCCGCCUCCCCGACGGCCGCGGCGGUGGAGGCCAUGGCGCCGGGCGUCGGCGGGGUUGAGCCGGCCGUGACGCUCGACCAGGUUCCGCGCUGGAGCGACCCGGACCAGCGCAUCUCCCUGCUGUCCCCCACCGCCGCCGGAUCCGAGACCCCGGCCUCGUCCUUCCUCUCCUUCUCCGACCCGCUCACCGGCGACGACGCGGCCGCGGGGGCCGGGGGCCGUGGCGCGUCGCGGUUCCCCGUCGAUUACGAGAUCAACUCGAAGAUCUACCUCUGGCGAGGCCAUCCGUGGAACCUCGAGGUCGACGCCGUCGUCAACUCCACCAACGAGAACUUGGACGAAGCUCAUAGCAGUCCUGGGCUCCACGCUGCUGCAGGUUCGGGGCUCGCCGAGGAGUGCGCCACCCUGGGUGGCUGCCGCACUGGGAUGGCUAAGAUGACAAAUGCUUAUGAUUUGCCUGCCAGGAAGGUCAUCCAUACUGUGGGCCCAAAAUAUGCUGUAAAGUAUCACACAGCUGCAGAGAAUGCGCUUAGCCACUGCUACAGGUCUUGUCUAGAACUGCUCAUUGAGAAUGGCCUUGAAAGCAUUGCUACUGGCUGCAUUUACACAGAAGCCAAGAAUUAUCCUCGUGAACCAGCUGCUCAUGUGGCAAUAAGAACUGUGAGACGUUUUCUGGAGAAACAAAAGGACAAAAUAACAGCUAUUGUCUUCUGUACGAUAUCAUCAUCUGACACAGAGAUAUAUAAGAGGUUGCUUCCACUAUAUUUCCCUCGGGACAAGCAAGAAGAAGAGAUAGCCGCAUUGAAACUUCCAGCUGAUGUUGGGGAUGAGAAUGGUGAGACAGUAAUAGAUGAAAGGAAAAUAAGAAUAAAGCCCUUGCCUGCUGGGGAAGCAAAUAGCAAAACACCAAUUCCUACACUUGCAGAUAUCCCGCUUCCUGAUUCGAGUUUGACACGUAGAAGGAAUUCUUUCAAGUUGGACUCAUAUUUGGAUCCUGCUUUUAUGUCUAUAAUUAAGGAUCCUGAUCUCCGACGCAAGGAGCAAUGGGAAAAAUCUCAGGCAAACAAGGGACUUAACUUGGCUAACAUGCUUGGGUUUGGUGAUCUUGGCAGUCCACCAUUAUCUGCUGCUGAAGAAUAUUCACUUCAUUCACGAUACCUUGCUAAAGCGAAUUCUAUGAAUCUGUCAGAUGUUGCUGAAAUGAAAAUAAUUUACCGUGGAGGAGUUGAUAGUGAAGGGCGUCCAGUUAUGGUCAUUGUUGGUGCUCACUUUCUUCUUCGCUGCUUGGAUCUGGAACGAUUUGUUCUAUAUGUAGUAAAGGAAUUUGAAUCUCUGAUUCAGAAGCCUUACACAAUUGUCUAUUUCCACUCUGUGGCAUCAUUACAACCACAGCCUGAUUUAGGAUUCAUGAAACGGUUACAACAGAUACUAGGUCGGAAGCAUAAAAAAAAUCUUCAUACUAUAUACAUACUCCACCCGACACUGGGACUGAGAACAGCCGUUAUGGCGAUGCAACUUUUUGUUGACGGGGAGGUCUGGAAGAAAGUUGUAUAUGUCGACAGACUUGUGCAGCUAUUCAGAUAUGUACCACGUGAACAGCUCACCAUUCCUGAUUUUGUGUUCCAGCAUGACCUUGAAGUGAAUGGUGGAAAGGGCAUAAUCGUUGACCCAAGAACAAAGCAUAUCUACCAGAGACCAUCUGGUUGAUCUGUCAUAAACCUGCAAAUGAACGCUUCACAGUACCACUCUCACUAUGCACAGACUCUCCAUGAAUGACUCUGUCCAGUCCUCUGUAGAAGAGUACCCUUCUAGAGCUGUGCAUUUUGUAUCUAGUUGACAUUGUUGCUCUGUGCUAUUCCUUCGCCUUUUUGGGAGGCAUAUUUAUGUAUCUUAAUAACUAUUCUGUAUAAACAAAAAAAAUGCUAAAUGUCUC